UCUGUCACCUCUGUGUUUUCCUCAAGCACUGCGGACAGAAAACGCUGUGCGCGGUGCUUUAUGAGACACGGCACGAGGAGGAUGCGGACCGCCGGGGUUUAGCCAGCGACCGUCACUCUCCUGGUCCCCCGGGAGUGAUUUUCGGUCAAAGAUAUUUAAUGGGCGUUUGUAUCGCCGUCUCCGCUGAUUUCCGUGGAUACUUGCUCGGAUAUUGUGUGAUACGGCUUCAGGAUGAAGAGGAUGAACCCGUGUUGGAAAUCGCCACCCAUGUGGCCGUCCGGAGCAAGCAGCAGGCAGCCCUGUCCCCGUGAAUCUGCUCUGCGCAGAGCAGCCAUCAGUGGCAACGUCCUUGCGCUCCCACCGUUCCAUGUCCCAACGGGCAGGAGUGUCCGGGUCUUCAUCUGUGCCAACCCUGACGAUACAGAAGCAGAAAGAAAUGCUCUGAAAGAACAUGUCUAUCCCAAACUACGAGACUUCUGCAGGGAGAACUAUGGCAUUGAAUUCCAGGUGGUGGACCUGUACUGGGGCAUUGAUCCAGAGGAGUGGGACAGUCCGGAGCUGCAGAGACUACGGAUGAAAUUACUGGAAGAAUGUCUGAAAACGUCAGCCGGUCCAUGCUUUGUUGGACUCAUUGGAGAGAAGUACGGUAGCAUGCGGGUCCCAGGGGAGGUGGAGUCGGCUGAGUUUGAGAUGAUUUUGGAUGCGGCGGUGGAGGCGGGACUAGACACACGGAUCUUGGAGGAGUGGUAUUGUCGGGAUGAGAACUCGGUCCCGCCUGCCUACUACCUAAAACCAAAAGCUGAGAUACUGAAGAACUACCAGAACUCUAGCAUCACAUUAGAGGAUGAACUGGAUUUCGCACUGGGCAAGCAAACCCCAGCUUUCCUCAAGAAAUGUGUAUGUUACAUCCGGAAGAUAUCCAACUUUGACCGUUUCGCUAAACUCCCUGAGAUGGCACGCUACAUGGACAUCGUGAUGAGCACCGACCAUGUCAUGAGAAACCAAGAAGCCUAUGAGCGUCUUCUGAAAGUCAGAGAUGAGUUCAUUCCAAUGGUGGUGGCAGCAUCCAAUCUUCGAGUCUACUCGUCGGUCACUCACUGUGACAUGAAACUUGGCUACUCACAGGAAGUAGAGAGCCACUACGUCGAAGGUCUGUGUAAACAGUUUUAUGAAGACAUGGUGGAUAUCAUCCAGGCCACGGUCCAACAGAACUUUGACACAGAGACAGAUCCACUGUAUGAUGAAAUCAUACAGCAUCUGUCGUUGUGCAAGACUUUUUCAUCUUUUUAUGUGUACAAGAGUGAAGCCUUGGACAUAGUCCAGGAGUACCUGUACCCCUCCAAAGGUGGUCGAAUAACCCCCCUAGUGGUGUAUGGAGGACCCUGCACUGGAAAGACAUUGUUACUUGCUGAAGUGGCAAAACAGGCUUAUUCAUGGCUACAGAAAGAGAUGGGACCAGAAACAGACCCGGUGGUCAUUGUCAGAUUCAUCGGCUCCACAGACUUCUCUACUGACCUCCGCACCCUGCUACAGAGUAUCUGUGAGCAGAUUGCCAUCAACUAUCGGUGCCUGAUCCACUUCUUACCUAACAAGAUCCAGGAGAUGAGGGAAUUGCUAGUGAAUUUGCUUGGGGAGUCAUCAUUCCACCGACCUCUUGUCAUCAUUCUGGAUGCCUUGGAGCAGUUGGCAGAUGUUGACGAGGCCCGAAAGCUGUGGUGGCUGCCUGUCCACCUGCCACGUACAGUCCGAAUUGUAGUGUCCACCCUACCCAACAAGUAUGGGAUACUCCAGAAAUUACGUUGCCUGAUACAUGAUGAGGAUGCCUAUGUUGAACUGAUGCAAAGAGAUCGCAAAGCUUGCAGUCAGACGCUUAAACAGCAGCUUCUAGGUGUCAAAAGGAAGGUGACCUCAGGCCAACAGAUAUAUGUGAAUGAGGCAAUGGCAAAAUGUACACUCCCCAUGUUUGUCAACCUCAUCUACCGAGAGGUAGUUCACUGGCGGUCGCACAAAGAUGUGGAUGACAAAUCAUUGUGUUCUACAGUGCACGAAAGCAUUGAGCAGCUUUUCUACUCUACUGAAAACAAGCUUGGCUCACGCUUUGUCUUUCGGGCACUGGGCUACAUCACAAUGGCACGGGCAGGCCUGACAGAGCUGGAGCUUGAGGAUAUCUUAUCUUUGGACAACAGUGUCCUUGGGGACAUCAUGGUGAGCUCUAAUCUUAAAAGCCCAUUGCGUAUUUCUUAUGAUUUCAUAGCCAGGCUAAAAGAAGAACUAGAAGGUUAUUUAGUGGAGCGUCAAGUACAUAAUGUAACACUAAUGGUUUGGGCAAAUCGCCACCUGCAUCUUAUAGCACAGAAGCUAUACCUUAGUAAUGAAGAAGAUGUACAUCAAAUGCAUAGCCUUUUGGCUGAGUACUUCCUUGGAGCAUGGGCAGGUGGUAGAAAGAAGAUAUUCCAUUGCGACAAUAAUCACUUCGCUUCACUGAAUAUCUCACACCAUCAAAACCCUCAUCACCAGCAGAGCCUUCAUGGCCAUGACAAAGCUUCUGCUGACAAGCACUCUUAUGACAGACAGACACCCGAACAACCCUGGGUGUUCCAGUGUAACUUGCUAGAGCCGGACAUCUUCUUUGUCAACCAUCGAAAGAUGAUGGAGCUCACAUACCACCUGACAAGGAGUGGCCGGACAGAUGAUCUCAUGUAUGGUGUCAUCAUGAACUUUAGCUGGCUCUACACUAUGAUAAAGAUAGGGCAGUUUGACAAGGCCCUGUCAGACAUUGACCUAGCUUACAGCUACACUCAAGAAAAGGAGCUAAAGUUUCUUGCAACUACGCUCCGCAGUAUAAAGCUUAAAGUAACAAAGAAUCCUGCAUCUCUGUCUGCUGAACUACAGCAAAGGCUCCUUCCAGUUGUCACAUCUCUUCCCAAGCUCAGACACCUCAUUCUUGAAUGUGACAAGGAUGGUCCUAAAUACUGCUCCAUUGUGCCACUGCACUCUUCCAUGGAUGUCACCUACAGUCCAGAGAGAUUACCACUCUGUUCUAGCUACAUGCAAAUAGUCGAGAUUCUACCUACAUUAGCUCCAAACAUAGUCAUUGUGGCCCUCGAAGAUGGAUCCGUCAGCACAUGGGAUGUUGAGAGUAGACAGUUGAUAAGACAGAUAGACACAGCGAAGUCGGUUGUUCUUGGCAUCAGGCUAACCACAGAUGAGAAGUAUCUGGUAGUGGCCACCACAAAAAACACACUGCUCAUUUACGACAACCACAAAUCCUGCUUGUUGUCAGAGGUGGAGGUGAAAGGGUCCAAGCACUGUGGCAUCACUGGUGGGGUAGCGUUCAUCAAUGGAUUCAACUUGUCCAGCCACCAUGCCUUAGCUUGGCUGGAAGCAAGCAAAGACGUCAAUGUGAUUGAUUUGCUCUAUGGUUGGCCGUUGUAUCAGUUCCAUUGCUGGUAUGAGGUAACCUGUGUCCAGUGUUCCCCAGAUGGAAUGUAUGCUUUCUGCGGACAGUAUCUCAACACAACCACCAUAUUCCACCUUGGUAGUGGGGACAAGCUUGCUACAAUGACUUCUGAAUUCUCUGGUGGAUUUGUUAAGUCCAUCCUGAUUCUAGACACAAUCCAUCAAAUGGUGAUGAUAGACAAUGAGGGCAGUCUCUCCGUGUGGAACACCAAAGAUAUCACAAAUCCCAAGCUGAUGGAGGAUUAUGACUGCAGAGGAGAUGAGAGCGAAGUGGUGGGCAUAGAGCUCUCUGAGGAUCAACGAUCCAUCCUCAUCUGCAAAGCAAGAAGCAUUGAGGUGCUGGACACCAAGAUUUGGAAGAUGGCAGAGAAGUUCAAGGCCAAGCGUAGUGAAAAGUUUGUGGCGGCCGUUCUCUCCAAGAAUAGCCAAAGCAUAAUAGCUUCCAUGGAGAACACAUCAUCCAUAUUUGUGUGGAGGAGAGACAGUGGACAGUGCAUGGCCAGCUUGAUAGAGAUAUCUGGAGCCAUUGUAAAAUUUAUCAAAUCAACACACCAUAACUUGCUGCUGUCUGUAGCCAGCAGUGGCGUACUUUCCGUGUGGGAUAUUGACAUUAUAACAGCCAUGUCGAACAUUGAUAAAACUGGUAAACCUAUUCAAAGUCUGCAGCUCUCUGGCAGAGAGGAUUUUGUGUACACCAUGGAUGGGUCAGAGGUCAUCCAUAAGUGGAACUACAGCACAGGUUUCAUUGAGAUGGUGUUCAAGCAUGAAGGCCUUGUUGAAAACUGCGUCUUGACAACAUCGGGUGACUUAAUGGUGACAUCUGAUGAUAAAAGUAGUCAGUACAUCUGGCAUACAACCACAGGUGAGAAUAUAUUCCGUAUCAAUGGUCAGAAGAUCUCACAGCUUCUCGUCACACACAAUGACCAGUUUGUAGUAUCCCUUUGCGAGCAGAAUGCCUCCCGCGUUUGGAGGCUUGCGACUGGUCACAAGGUGUGCAACAUUCUAGUAACACUCCAGCAUGCCCUCAUUACCACAGCAAACACAUUCCUUGUGGGAACCAACAAGAAUAAGCUGUUGGCUGUUAGCUUGUGGUCAGGCAGUGUAUCCAAAAAGUUUAUAUGUGACGACGGGAUCACAAUUGUUAACUUCAAGUUAGUUCCUGACAGUCCAGAUUAUGUCAUCUUCAUCACCUCCACAGAAACAGUUUUCAUCUGGAGUGUUGCCGACGAAUCGGUGUGUAGGCGGGUGCAGCUGCCUAGCAACUUUUUGAAGAACCUGGAGGAUUUCCAAAUAUCACCAAAUGGGAAAUUGGGCAUUGUGUCGAAAGGUGAUGAGAACAUUAAUGUCCUAGACCUGCACAGUGGUAAACUGCGUCUGGUACAUGCUGCUGGCAUAAUCUGGCGGCAAAAGCUCUCACGAGAUGGACGCUACUUAGUGUACAUCUGUUUCCAGAAUUGCGAUGAAGAUGAUGAUGCAGGUGUGGUUUCAAGUCUGAUUGUCAUGAGAUUGGCAGAUGGUAAGAGCAUCGGGACCUGUUCCCUCUAUAAAACGCCAACCUAUCUGUGCCUAUCACAGCGAGCACUUAACAUCAUUGUGGGAUUUGAGGAUGGCAGCAUUGGCACCUACACAGUCGUAGACCGUGUGGAUGCGGCUCUGAAAAUCAAGAUCGCCACCUCAAACAGUCGCCAAAUAGUUAACAAUGCCUCACAGAAAGUACGACCUAGGUGUAGCACCAAUGCCUUCAAGACCAUUGCUGACUGUAUGUGGAGAGAAUCCACCGAGGUCUUCUCUCGGGACAGUCCUAUCAACGUCUCUGACAGUGGAGAGCCAGAGUCAACAACACCCACAAAGAAAACUGAACUGCUGCAAUGAGAGCGCCCUCUGUAGGACAUUAACAGGCAUGAAGGAACAAGGCCAGGUUUGGAUACAGGUGAUUAUUGUUUACAGCAACUUUGAUUCAGCUGCACAGAUCAGUUCUCUGGAUAACACACAGUAACUGGCCAAUUGCUAUUAAGCUGCACUUAAGCUUCAAUCAGUCACCUUGAUUUCUCUUAUCCAUCAUCAACUUACUGUCAAAUGUGUUCACUGAAUUGAAUAUCACAUUAAGGAACAAAAUUAAUUGCUGUGUGUGGCCAUA